UGAACUUAAUCACGCGUUCCUAAACUUAUUUAAAAAAAGUAUGGCAACCUCAUUAUCCACGAGUGUAUAGAGCUUUCAUUUCUCUUAGUAUAUGUUCUGUGUACUCUCUUCUGAUUCUUUAUAAUUUCUGAUUAUUCUUAGCGCCAUAAUUGACAUUGUGAUCAUGUGACCACUGGAAAUGCCGCCAAAACGCACAAAAAUCGUCUGCUGUGUCGACAUGUUUUCUCUCAAAUCAAAAUUGGUCAUUGCUUAAAUUUGAUUAUUAACAACACAUUUGAUACGAGUUUUAAACAAAUGGAUUUCGAUGUUACCUUCGAUUGCAGCGGUAAAGUGAACAUCAAUGAUUGGCAGUUGAACAAAAAUGGGCUGUUUUAUAAAGAGAUGGACAAUGUACUUUUUCCACAGACCGAUUAUUCCUUUUCCUACAUGGAAGUCAGACUCUUUGGCUGCAUCAUGCCUGGAGCAGUUGCCGUGAUGGAUCUUAAGCAUCUCAUUAAUUGCAUGGAGAUGCAAUUGAAGAUAUUAAACAGACAUGAGAGACUAAUUACAAUAUCUGGAUUAUAUAAUAAUGAUAAGAUAAAUUAUUUUUCUUUACGGAAGAUGAUCUGUGAAUUUAUUGUAUAUUUCCGUACAUAUAUGAACAGCAUAAAAUGGGAUCUCAGUACAUUAGAGAUGGUGAGACCUGAAAUUGCCAAAGAUAUAGAUGCUCUGUUCGAUUGUAUCAAAUACUUUUUCAGCAUGCUAUACAGUAUUCCAGAUUCAACUUUGUAUUAUGCUGCUUCUAACAUAGGUAAUAAGUGUAACCAACCAGAGUUUCAUUUGUAUCAUACCCAUAUAGAAUUAAGGUGGUUUUUCAUUACGUUGAUAUAUUCAAAGACUAUAUGGUAUCAAUAUUAUACACAACUAGAGGAGUUUGAAAACAAUGUUGAAAUGGUUAUCAAUGAUCUCCUAUAUUCUACCUUGAAAAUAUUCGAAAAAUUGGUCUUGAAUUGGACUGUGGAUCUCAUGCAAAAGACACCAUAUUAUUGUACAUGCACGCGAGAAUUGUGGCUCAUGCUUCAAAUAUUUGUCGAUAAUUUAGGAGAAAGAAUGAAAACUAAGAUGUUUUGGGAUCUUAUAAAUAGCUGUACUAACAGAGUAUUAAGAAAAGAUCAAUCCAAAACAAUAUUCUGGCAUAAAAGUGUAGAUUUCUUUCUGCCAGAUUGUAAAAAUCCAGAACUGUUUUCCAUCUGGAUAAUAUAUCAUCUAUCUUUGUUAUAUGGAUAUAACAAUGAUGGUAUAUACCUGCAAUCUAAUUCUCCAAGGAUUAGAUCUAAUUGCGAACAAGUUGAAAAGAUUCUGAAAGAAUAUGUAGGGAAAGGUGGGAAAGAUGGUGAAAGAGAUGAGCUUGAUGUAGAACUUAAAAUUAUAAUACCAUUAUUACAUGAUCUUAUUAUCAAUUGGUGGCAACCGCGAGUGCCAAUUAUAUCCUUUCUUUGGGAUUGUUUCCAUAAAAGAUUGGAUCAACCAUUUUUAUUACAAACUUCUGGGCCUUGGGUUCUGUCCCUUGAAAAGAAGACAGCUAUAGAUAUUCUGAAACAAAUUAAUGAUAGAAUAUAUGGUAAAUUUGAACAUUCGAGGGAAUCUAGCUACAGCAUGUUUUUGUACUUGAUAGGCACUUUUUUAAAAAAAUAUGGUGCAUCAGAUUUGAAAUAUUGGAAUCAAAUUAAGGGGCGUAUAUAUACAAAAUUUUCAAAGAAUAAAGUUGCCGAGUUUUCUGAUAAUGGCCUUUAUAACUUCAUAUCCUUAUUUAUUACUUUAGCUAUUACUGCAGAUAUUACAAAUGUGUGCAUGACAAUGUUAGAUCUCCUGCCAUCUACACAUGAAUUGAAUUAUGAAUAUAAUAAAAAAUAUAAUCUAAUUUGGAAAGGAAAAUUAGUAUGUCUUUUAUUGUUCAAUGAAAGAAGAUUACCUUUUGAUUUUAUAAUCGGACAUUUUACAGAAACAAUCAACUUAAUAAGUUGUUGUAAAGAUGAAACAUCUCGUUCUAUGAUGACCAAUUUUGUUGACGUAUUGAAUACAAUUUUGUCUGGCAAUGAGAAAAUGGAUCUAGGAGAGUUCAAUUUUAUCAGUGGUUGGAUCGAUCGUUAUCUUCGGGAAUGUCCCAAACAUAGAAAAUCUUUAUUGGAAAUGCUCGCAAAUGUUUUUGAAAAGUGUAUUGCUUUGCAGAUCUCUGGUAAUAAUUCAGAUGGUGUCAGAAAAAUGUUGGACGCACUGUGGUGUUUUGUUCCAUCCAGAGUUCGCCAACUUGCCAUGUUUGAUCCCAUACUUAUUGGUGACAAUUAUAAAAUUAUUUCCAAACUAGCUGUCAUAUUUACUUCAGAAGCAAUUAGAGAAUCGACUAUUGCUAAAAAGUAUAAACACUCAGCUGUAUCGUUAUUUCAACAUUUUGCAGCGUCAGUAGGUGUGAAAGAUAUCAGAAUCACUCACUAUUAUUUAACAUCAAUUCUCGCAAAUGAGCAAACUCUUCAAAAUUUGAAAAAAGAAAUUCCAAACUUCAACACUACUCUUAUCCAAGCUUGGAUAAAAUGUUCCAUUGUUGGUUACAACAUAAAUAAAGAAGAUAUAAAGAUUCUGCAAAAUUACAUUAUCAAUCUCAGUGAGAUCAAAGAAAUAUUUCUAUCGGAUUAUGAUAUGUAUGAAUUUAAGAACAGUAAUGAAUCUAUUUUAACAUUUAUAAUGUUGUUCAUGAAGAAGCAAAACACUUUAAAGUCUGAACAAGAAAGACUUCAAUAUAACGCGAAAUGUAAAACAUAUUUUAAAAACUUAGAGAAAUGGGUCAUGAUACCAAUAACGGAAGAAACAAAAGAUUCGGAACUUGCAUCCUGGAUUUAUAAAUGUCUUGGUACACUGAUUCUCUGCAUUUCUCCGACGCUGUACACUAAAAAUCAACCGAAUGAUAUGUUAAGAACGCUUAUUAAUAAAAUUAUGUUGGUAUCUGAGAACUCUACACAGAUGUAUAUAAAACAACUGGGAAAAGAAAUAUUUUCGAGGGUAAUGCUGGGCUUAGAAAAACUGAAUGUUAAAAGCGACAUUUUAUUGCAAGCGUUGAUCAGAAAUAUUUUCAAUCAAUACUUGCCGAUUUUAAUAACUGAAAUUAACAGCGGCUGCAGUUUUAAGAUUUCUGACAGAUUACUAGAAUGUUUUAAAGAGACAAAGAGUGAAUUUCUGCGUUUAGUUUUCGAAAUCUUGAUGUCGAACUUCUAUAAUAUAUCAUCUGACAAUGUCACACACAAAUAUUUCAAUCUGAUAACUUGGCUUAUAAAAACAUUGCUUAAAGAAGGAAGAAAGUAUCCCAAAUGUAUUACGGAACACAUUAUCCAAAUUUGUUCUCCUAACAUUUUCGGAUGCUAUAUGAAGGUUCAUGAUCACCAUCCACAUAAAUUGCAUACAAUUAAUUUUAUCAAUGAUGUAAUUAAAAGUCCUUAUUACGAAGAAGAUAAAUUUAUCAGGGAGAAAUUCCAAACUGCUGUUUUUGCUGCAGUAAAAAAAUAUUUGAUGUUAAAUACACAAUUUACAUUUGAAUUCAUGCAAUCUGUUUUGUCGAUAGAAAAAAGUAUCAUAAUCGAUUUGUCUCAGCCAAUUGAAGCAAUUAUACUUCAUGCCGAACAAUAUCACCGACCUAAUGCGACAGCCUCAAGAUUAAAAUGGAAUCAACUGAAGAAACAUAUGAACAAUAAUUCGUGAUAAAAAGAACCAAAAUUGAUUAAUAAUUUAAUAAAUGUUAAAUAUUCUUAAUGCUGAUGAUUUGAAUUUUGUAAAUUUUUAAUCAUCUUUGAUUCUUUGAUUAAUCAAAAUUUGAUCUCAAUGAAUAUGUAACUAUUCCAAUGUAUAGAAAUGUAUAAGUCAGUUUAAGUCU